AGAGAAAGGAGACAGAUUGCGGCUUCGACUCGUAGUUUUAUCGUGGUCUUUUUCUUGUCUUUUCUAGCAGUCUUGUACACUACCAAGGUCAAACAGUAGCAGAAUUUUUUGAUUGCUAGGUGUGUUUCUGUACAGAUAGAAACUUCUUGAGAGUAGAAUUUUUUGAUUGCUAGUCUGUACAGAUACAUAGAACUUCUUGAGCAACCAUGCUCACGGGUGCUCCUCGAUCCUUUUUUUAGAGCACCUGGCUUUGUACCUGUUUAAUUCUUUGAGAUAAGGAAGAGGCGUACUAGGCACGAUCAAACUUUUCAGAAGAGAAUGAAGUUUCAGCCCGAGGACAUUGUCCAUGUGGACAGCAAGGAGGCCGCAAAAGCUGUCAGCUGUUCCGUUUGUCUCUGUCUUUGGGUCGACCCAGUGCAGACGAUGUGCCAGCACAUCUUUUGCCGGUCUUGCAUCGGUAUAGUUUUUUCAUCUGUUGUGUCGUAUGAUUUGCUGUGCCUGGUCGGAGCCCUUAUUGUUCGGAUUCGGAAUGCAUGAAAAAAAGACGUAAAAACCUAUUCUACUGCAGAUCCACUGCUUGCGUGCCCGCAUUGCCGCAGAGACUUCUCAGGACUAGAGCCAAGCAAGAGAUAUACGCCACUGCGGGAUAUCAACCUGUUUGCCUUGAACCAAAUGAAUGACCUGAAGGUAAGUACGCAAUAUCUUCGUAGUUGUUUGCACCUUUGCUUUCAUGAGUCGUCGUCGUUUUUUGGCACACUUUCCUGAUGCGAGUAGGUCCAGGUCCACCGGAAGUUUCCCACAACUCAAAAAUUUAAAAUCAGGUUCACUGCCCCAACGCUACGCCAAUGCAACAAGGAGGAAGUAGCUCCAGUUCCGGCCCGGGGACGGGGUCCAGUAGUGCAACAGAAGAUGAUCAGACAGGAGCGGGUGCCACUGGCGGCGAACCAGCAACGAAGCGCGUCAAGCGCGAACAGGACCAUGAGACGGAGUGCGCUGUAGCAGAUGCUAGCUCCUGCACGUGGACCGGAACGUACGGCGACUUGCUUGCGAAGCACAUGGCUGAGUGUCCGUGCCAACUGAUAUCCUGCCCGCGGGGGUGCGGCAUGGAGUUCCCACGUGGAGAGUUGACCGCGCACGAGAAGACCUGCGCGAAGAAUCUGACGAAGUGCGAAAUUUGUGGCGAGAUGAUUAAGGAGGAGGCGCUGGAACAGCACAACGAGCAGAAGGCGCGACUUCACGUCUACAUACUGCAGAAGAAGCUGGCGGAAGCCAGCCCGCUGCUGGAUUUGGUGAAUGGAAUGGACAAGCGCCUACAGAGGCUGGAGGAGGAAACAGCGAAGAGCAGUCAAAUCGCGUCGCUGCGCGGGCACGUAAGCAGCCAGAUCGCGUCGCUGCAAGGGCACGUAGCGACCAGUUGCAAGAAAGCUGCGGACGACGCACGACAAGCGGUAGCGAAUCUCCCAAAAUCUUCAGCAAAUACGAGCUCGUUUUUUUGGACAGUGGAUGUGCAGAAAGCCUACGCCGACAACCCCAAUCGAAGUCGGAAAAUUACGCGCACUCUUCAAGGGCCAAACGGCUCCUGGGAGUUAGUGUUUCUUCCGCAAGGCUAUCAAAGGGAUGGGUGGGCAUCUGUCGGAUUGAUAGCGCCGCCGGGCAGGCCGGUCGUUGUUGGCACAAUUGUUCUCCGCAGCGGGGAUACUACCUCUCUGCAUAUCGUCACACAAGGACAAGAGUUGGCUCGGCACACGUUUGACCAGGUGGUGAUCGAUUCCGACGUUGGAACGGGAAUGCCGGACUUUGCGGAGAUAGCGAAAAUAAAAAAGCACAAAAAAGUUAUUUUUUAUGUAGAUUUUGUGUCGGUGCAGACCCGCCUUCCAGACUACGGCUAGCGCCUUUGUUUCGCCACCCACGACUACUUUGCUGGACUUUUCGAGCUGUAUUUAUUGAUCCGGUACUUUCUCGAUCAGCUCGUUACAAAUGAUACCCUUUUCGAGAGCUACGUGUGCACGUGCUUGCUUUACUUUCGAAUACUGCUCCGAUGGAUCCGAGGCACGAUCGGCCCCAACAGGACAGGAAAAAUGUUAAAUUCGUCACCAACGCAACGCAGGUGAAUGUGAUUAGGCCAGGAGAAGGGCCUUCAUCAAUCCGUUGAAAGAUAACUUAUUCCAGACACGUGAAUCAAAAUUCCGAAUCCAGUUGGUGGAUACUUACACGGGUCCAGUGAAAUGAACCACGAUGAAGAUACGCAGAAGCAGAACUUCCUCCCUCUUCAUUUUUGUUCGUUAGCUUUUUCGUGCGAUCGAUCCAGUGCCCUUCUAGCUCUAGUGAUUUUUGAUAAUACGCGAGUGCGAAUCUAAACCUGAUUCGAAAGCUACGCUGCUGGUGUUUGAAAAA